CGGUUUCCAUAUCUUGGCAAUAUAAACUGUUGAAAGUUUUAUUGUGAAUCUCUUGAUGCAUAUCAGAUUUAUUGCUCUAGUUUUCAAAUAGCAAAAAUCCGUAUUAAAGAAUUAUUUUAACUGGUUUACUGUCGAUAUUCAGCGACACGGAUUACAUCUACAGCAUAUCCACCCGGAACCCCUCAUAUUACAUUGAAUGCUGGGUAAUAAUAAUCUAUGGCUAAGUAUGGACCCCAAUCAGUGGAGGAACUUUAAUCUUCCGUAUGGACAGCCGCCCCCUGUUGGUUUGGGUUCAGGGCCCCCACGACUGGAGAUGGGACCACAGCAGACUGGAUUCACUUCAGGGUUUGGACUUCCACAAGGUCUGUCAGGUCUGCCCAUCUCUCCUCACCAUGGUGCUCUAGAGAAUCCUGCUGUAGGUGCUUUUGGACUGCCGAAAGUGUCCCCCCAAACAGCUUUUUCAGACAAUUCCUUGCUGAGGUCUCCUAUCACAGAGCCUCUCUCGCGUACUAUCUCAUCACAUUAUGUAUCUGAUGCCUUAAAAAACAGCCAUGAAGUUGAGAGAGGACUACUAAGUUUAAUGAACUCGAACCAGCUCUCUUUAGAAUUGCCCGGGCCACCUCCUGCUCACUCUGGUACCUUAAAUCAGUCUUUGUCUCGAAAUCCUUUGGCAGCUGAAAACCUUAUUCAUGAUCAACCUUUCUCCAUGAAACUACAAAACCAACCUGAACCUUUGAAGAUAUCUGUUUCUUCAUCAAAAAUUGAAUACAGUGAGAUGAGAAGUCCUACUAGUUCGCUUCUUUAUGGCAUAUCAAGCCCAGGACUGGAGGACCGUUCUCAUUCACAAACCUCAUAUGCUGUAUUUUCAUCAACGCAAACAUCUAAACCCGAGCAAUUCAGUACCACCCACAGUAUGAACUAUGAUCCUGUGAGUCCUGUUUCUGAUGCAGGGCAACAAAAUGAGGACUUCACUCAUUUAGACUUUCAUGAUCUGACUCAUGUUGAUCACACAAGAAACUCUCUGAAACAAAGUCAGAACUCUGUAAUGAUGCAGCACAUGAAUGUUCCUAAGUCAGCAGCACAAGACUUAGGACCAGAUCAGAAUUCCUAUGUAUCGAGCCAUCAAUUCAUGCACGGAUCACCUUCGAUACAUAGUAACCAUGGUAUCCCAAGCCCUCUCCAUCAGUCCCCUCACAAUCUCAGUCCCCAUGUUUCCUCGACCCGUGAAAGUCCACAACUACAACAACCAACAUCUACCAUGAUGUCAUCAUCCCCAGUACAAGCAGUGGCAGAUUCUACUACAAAGAGUAAGAAAUCAAAACUUCAUAAGCGUAGGUCCAGGGAUGAAGGGCCGUUAGCCAGAAAUCAGUUUCAGGAUAAUCAACUGGAUUGUGUAAACUCCUUGGAUUACAGUAUCCCGGGGGAUUACUCUUACAGUGCCCCUAAGAACAGAACAGAUAGUCCUCAGAAUCUGAAUUCAUUCAGCCCGCAGUCAUACAGCCCACACAUCCAACAACAACAGCAGAUGCAAGGAAACUAUCCCCAGAACAUUCAAAAUAUUCAAAAUGGCAGGCAGUCAAGCUGUUCAAUACGGAAUAACAACUCCCCUGUAUUAAAUGACUAUAGCUCACUAACACAGACAGUGAUUAGAACUCAAAGUGAUCCUACUAAUGCUACAUCUCAUUCAAUGGACAAUCCCUUGAUUAAUCAUAGUAUGAACACCAGCAUGAAUUCUAUGAUGUUACCCAACACACUUCACUCAGGGGGCACACCCUCCAUGGCUGCUCAAGGUCUUAGUUCAUCAAACUCCAUGCAUAUCUCCUCCAUGCAGAGACCGUCAGUGGUUGAGCAUGAGUCCAAUAUAAACUAUAGCUCUAAUUGUGGGAAUGCCGUGAAGUCUUCCCUUGGGAAUUCCCUGGGAAUGCAGGCUUUAGUUGUUGGAGACAAUGAGUACCAAGUGUCAUCAUCUGAAAGCAACAUGUAUGGGGAUAUGGACAGUUUUAGUAAUAGGUUUGACAUCAAUGGCUCUUGUCUUGGAUAUCAGGAAAGCCAGAGGAGAACGUCCACCAUAGAUGAGGAUGCUUUGUCAAGCCUUAUAGGAGGGCACUCGGCUCCUAGCCAUUACCCUACUACACUUCCUCUGAUGCCAGAGCAAGCCUCUGGGUCUGAAGUGUGGAACUGUGUUCACGAUGGUAUGACCUCCCCAUCAAAAACGGUGGCAGCCAAGCCUGAAACAGAUGAUGAGUUUCUUCAUCUUCAAAAACCUCCCACCACCUCUGUUGUAGAUAAACAGACUCAAAGGAGUAACAGUCUAUUUCAGAACCACACACCGAAAAUUAACAACCAUCCACUCCCUGUGCAAAAACCUGAAAUUAAGACUAACCCAAACUCUGGAUUUCUGAACUCUUUUCUGAGCUUCAUUCAAGGAAAGAAGCCAGAAACCUUAUCAAGUGUAAAUACCUCGGUUGUGAAACGACCAGAACUGCCAAAAUAUAUUCCAGAACCUCCAAGACCCAAACCAACACAAAAAGUAGAGAGAAAAUUCAGUAGUGAUAGUGGCUCACCAAAGCAUGACACAUACCCCAGUUCUCAGUACUCUCCAUCCACUUCUCAGGCCUCCACAUUGUUUUCAGAUGAGGAGGAAUCGACUAACACAAAUACCAGCAAGGUGCAAGGGAUUGUACAACAAAUCAGUGAGGAUGGCAAGCCAAGUCUGAAAAUGAAAAUUAGUCUGGGAAGGGGUCAGGGUCGGGGGUCGGAGAUUGUCAAACGCAAGGCAGACCUUCUAAAAACCACUAAGCGCAGGAAUUCAAAAGCCAUAAAAAAGAAACGCAGGGAUGAUUCUGAUGAUGCAUAUGUGAUGUCGUCUGGUGAUGAGGCUGACUAUGAGGAUUUUCCACCCGAAGCUUCAGUCCCAGAAAAGCCCCCAUCACCAUCGGUUCCUAAAAGGCAGCUGUCCUCUCGGAAGGCCAAAGAAAGGACACAGCAGAAGAAGAAGUAUGUGGAGUCGGACAGUGAUGAUGAGGUCCUGGGUCCCAUCGUUCCAUUCAGCAGGAAGCCCCCGGCUGAGGAGGAGGUGUAUGAUUCAGACCGUGACCCAGACUGGGCACCAUUCGCCAUUGAAGGCAAAAAAGAACCAAAGGUCAAAUCACGAAAAGGAAGAAGGAGGCGCAGUUCCAAUCGACAAUCUCUAGAUACUGAGAAUGAGGAUAUUGAUCUCCUGAGGAAAAAAGCAAGGACAUUCAUUGCUACAGAUCAGAAACCCACUGUGACGGAGAUUAAACCAGAGAAGUCCGAGCCAUCAGCUCCAGAUCCCAUGUUUCCCCCUCUCCCAGUGUUCAGGGUAGGUGAUUUUGUGAUGGCCAAAACGGACAUGAACAAUUUUGAAUGUUUUCCUAUAUGGAAGAUAGACCCAGGCAAAAUGAUGAAAAAAUACGAAUUGUUUACAGAAAGGGGAAAGAUUCUUCACAUGGCCACCUGUACAUAUUCUAGUUGUUUGCCAAAGAUGGACCUAGAUUACAUCCCAAUCAAAGUAACCACUGUAAAGAAUGAGAGGGAUGGCCAUGUUGUAGAGGUGUGUGAAGCUGAUCGACCCAAACCCAAGCUGGACUCGAGCUUAGAAAAUGAGUAUGAAGAAGACCCAUUGGCAGACAUGUUCAAUGUGUAUCUGCAGAUUUUCCUCAGUCGUGCCUUAGAGCCAGGAUUUCUUAUGGCAAUAUUAGACUCCAAAGAGGAGUUUUACAUAGGACCUCUUACCAGUAUUGAUGAUUUGAUUGACAAGAAGCUGAUUGAAAUUGAUGCAAAGGUGCAAUGGAAAACCAAAUUCAAGAAUGCUCUUCAAUCUAAGCCUCAUAUAAGAGAAUUGGAUCGUCCCAAUCUCAAUUUAGCAUGCCAAGCAUGUCGCUUUGCCAAUGAGCCUGCUGUGAAAUCUGUCCACCUUUUUGGUCAGUCAUAUGAUCACAAAACACUGGUGGAGAACAAGGCAACAGUUGUAGAUGCCAGCAUAGAGUUUCUGAUUGGGAAGACAGCUUCACCUCAUGUCAUGCCGUAUCACAGUCUGUAUCAUUUUAAGUACAACUUGUCCAAACGAUGUCAAGCCAAGGUUGACAUUUUAAGACAAGGCAACAGCAAGUUGGCCAAUCCUGAAAUUCUCGACAAGUGUCUCAAUAACAGGACUUGGGUGCUCAAGAUUUUUGAUGAUCUGAAAAACCUGCUGGAAAAGGGAUAACUACAUUCCUCCCCAAUUUAGAUAGCAUCUGCGAAAGAGUGAGAGGGUGAGAUACUCCAAUCUAGUCACAGUCCAGCCUACUGAUAACGGGGACCAACGGAUGAACUUGGCGUGUCACAAAAUAAUGAUAUCUCCAAUAUACCAAAGUUCGAGAAAUAGCAGAGUUAUUUUUAUUAUUUUUUUUCCAUCUUAAGGUUGUCCAGUUUGUUCUUACAUUUGUUGUUUAUUGUGUAUGUUAGAGGGUACACUUAUUAAAUCUUAACUGCUUAUAGUGCCAUAUGUACAGAUAGAUGUAUACAGUUUUAGCUAGCAUAUCGAUCUUGGUGUAAAUGAUUGAGUUUUUAGUCAGUGGUACAGAAUGUAGGUCUGCAAAUGAUUGCAGGAAUCAAAAGAUAACAAUUGGUAGGGGAAAUGAUGCACUGCCUGAAAAGUAUCAGCAACAUACGCAUUCGAUAGAUAAUUCUGUACAGUCUUUAGUUUCAACUUCACAUUAGAAAUUAUAUUGCUCACUGUCAUAUACCCUAAUCCUAUCAGAGAAUAGGAUUAAAUUGAGUUAGCUGACUGUAUGAAGGAACUAUUACUGUACUUAGAUUCUGCAGCCAUGUUGAUGAGAAAGUUCAGAAUUAUCUGUUGUUUUCAUUUCAUAGUGCAUCUUUCCCUGUGAUAUUCUAUCUUGUACUGCAGUGACAGGGUACCUGUAUUGAAGUACAGCGUUUCCCUGUAAUAUUUUAUCUUGGACUGCAGGAACAGGGUACCUAUAUUGAAGUAGUCGGCUAUAUUCGUGUCAGCGUUUCACUUGUUCUUUUUAUGUUCUGUGUAGUGGUUAAUGUGUUUCAUCAUGGUCUACACUUACAUUACCUGCUUGUAUUGCCUGCCACAGGGUUACAACCCCAAGGCUCUUUGUUCAAAAUAAAACUACAAUAUAUCAGGUCAGCUAUAAGCUGUUUUCAUUGUGUUACUGGGUUUCUUUUUGUUUGUUAGUUUCAUGGUUGAAAUUUAUUUAUUACAAACAUUCUUGGUGUCUGUAUUUUGUAACCUUGAGGGCGCUACCCCAUUCCUGGAGUGGAACCCUAGAGGUGUGGUUCUCGUGCAUAAUGAUUUGAUUAGAUCAGAGUUAUGGUGAAAUGUGCUACCGAUAUAAAAUAAAUGUACCUCUGCUACAUAUCUGCAUAAUUUGUCCUCAGACUGAAACCCUGAAGGGGCCACGACUUAGACCCUGUAUAAAUUUUCUCUUUCUAGAUUGUACUUAUAGCUCCCUGCAAUUUUUAAAUACACAUAGAUUUUUGCAUGAAAAAGCAUAUUUGUCUUCUUUUAAACCAAAACAUGAGAAAAAAGUGAACUGUUUAGAUUUAAGAAUAUCUAGUGACACUGCAUGAUCAAUUUAUACUGUUGUUUAGCCUCAAUUUUUACUUUGAUUACUGCUUUCAGUGUACAUACUGCUUUCUAUGUAGAAGAUCCAAGUAGGACUAUCUUGUUAAAGAAGACCAAAUGAAUGCAUCUGUAGUGCUACCAUCCAAUUAAGGGUUUUUUGUCGGGCAAAAUUUCUGAAAGUAAUCAUUGAUUCUUGUUUGCAUUUUUCUAUUAGAAUAUUCAGUGAAGUAUGCAAGAGAAUGGAAAAUAUUAGCAUGUAUAGAUGAAAGUAUUUUGAAGUCCAAUAAUGACAGAAAAUGUGGCCAUGUGUUUAGAAGCAGAGAAAGAAGUGCAUCCCAGAUUGUCUGAAAUGUGCGGUUAAACAUCUGAUGUUAAUUUCAUGCUGAGGAAUGUUUAGGGCCUAUGAUGUCAUUAGUCUCAGAAAAUGUGAGGAAGCAUUUAGUAAACUGCAAGAUAGUGUACAAUUUAUCAUCAAAUGAUCAGCGUGCAUCUUUCAGCACAAUCUCAUAUUACGCCAUAGCUCAGAAAGCACUAAGAAGUCUCUCAAAGGAAUACACAUUCUAGCAUUUGUACUCGUCAAGAGAAUGAUAUUGGAGUCUUAUACACCACUCGGGAUGUUGUAAGGAGGAGCGACGAAGCAUGAAAUUAGAUCUGCAGCAUCAGCAAUAAAUUUUAAACAGUCUAGCUCAUUUUCUCAUCUUCUAUUUUUGUUAAAUAUUAAAAGGAAUAAGUGUGAUCAUUUACCUGCACAAAAGACUACCUGUUUUUAAAAACUGCAUGGAGUUGUAUACACCCUGUCGGAGGAUGAGCUGAUAAACUGGUGUCCAACGAUAAACUGGUGUCAUACAAUGAACUGGUAACAUACGAUAAGCAGGUUUCAUAUGAUAAACUGGUGUCGGACGAUAAACUGGUGCCGUAAGAUAAACAUGCUGUAGUCAGAUAUUUAGGAGGAAAAUGCAUUGAAUAAAGUCUUCAUGCAUAAAUUACAAAAGUAAUAAGUUGUCUUUUGGAUCAAGUUAUUUGAUUUAUGCUGUUUUGUUCACCUUUAACCCACUGUCCUCUUUUGUGAGAAGACUUGUAUAAGAGCAAACAAUUUUAGUGCGACUGUUUGGAUCCAUUUCAGAUCACGGGUUGCUUAUCGAAGUCCAGUGACCUUCACACUCAGCAUUUGUUCAAUUUGAAAACAAUUGGCAAAUUCAAAAUAGCAAAGGGAGAAUAGAAAGUUUAUUUCUUAAAAGUUGUCUCUGGAGUCAAAUGAUGAAUUGUUGAUUCAAAUGCAUUAUCAUGUCCAUGUAACUAAAAUUUAGAAUAUCUCUAGUGACUACCAGGACUAGGUAUGGGUCACCAUGGUUGUUUGGCAUUUUACUUAGAAUACGUAGAAAUAUCUUGUAAAUCUGCUCGGUAGAAUGUAAUGUAUUGGCAAUAUGAUAUAAAGAACAUGCAUUUGUAUCAUGAAUAUAUAGAACGAAGGGGAUUUGUGGAGUCUGCUUUGUACAAUUCUUGGCAGGAGGGGCAGGGUAACGCUUAGGGCUUUGAAUGGGACACUGUAAAUGGGGAUAGAAAAUCUAUUCAGCUUAUGAAAAUAGAUUGUCAUAUUUUUGGGGAUGACCUUUCUUGUACAUCUUAUACUAUCUUUAGCCAUCUUAUGUAAAACCUUUUCGUUUGUUCUGAGAAAGGGACAUGUUGAACCCCCAAAAAAGGACAAUUUAAUUGUUUGCGUUGAUGGUCAUUUUAGUGCUUUAUAUGAUUUUGUAUCUGCUUUGUAGAUCCGACUCGUUAAGAAUUGUGUAUAAGACAUUAAAUUGACUCCUGGGUGAUGGAAUACAAGGUGCACCUAAAGAAUGAAGGAGUCGGACUAGCCUGUGAGGUCGGGCUAGCUUUGUGGCCUGUGAGGUUGGGUUAGCUUUGUGGCCUGUGAGGUUGGGCUAGCUUUGUGGCCUGUGAGGUCGGGCUAGCUUUGUGACCUGUGAGGUCGGGCUAGCUUUGUGGCCUGUGAGGUCGGGCUAGCUUUGUGGCCUGUGAGGUCGGGUUAGCUUUGUGGCCUGUGAGGUCGGGUUAGCUUGUAUGUGAGUCUUAAAAAAUCCAGCAUAUACUAUCACAUUUCUUUCAUUGUUAGUGUUUGAUUGCUAAAUCUGUGUCAUCCAAAUGCAUGAAAAUGUUUUAAAAUGAAUGCAACUCAAUAUUUAUAUUUUAUACUUGUAUAAUUGAUUAAUUGUAGAUUAUCAUUGUAUCUCAUUGUCCAUCACAGCUAUCUUGUACACAUUAUGACCUAGAUUUCCAUCUCGUGAUGGAUUGUACUAUACACGAAUUCUGUGACCCAUGCUGAAGAUUUACAUGAUGAUGUGCUUGGUGACAUUGUUACUAUCACUGCAUGUUUCACCAAAACUGAGAAAUGUGUCAAUUGUUUUAAAUUAAAUGUUUUACAAACUUGAUAUAUUUGAUUUUAAUAUAUGUUACUCUAUGAAAAAUGUUAUAAUGGUGAUAUCAUUUAUAUUUGAAUACCUGGAUUAAAUAAUUCAUUGAA